UCUGACUACCUUCUAGGGGCCAACACCAGUCUAUAUUUCAUGCCAUCAUGUUUUCUCUUGAGAAAAUUAUGUGCUCUUCCCCUACCGUCCACCCUGGCUUGGUUUCUUUCAUCUUUUAUUCCAGUAGACCACGUAGAUGAGACAUCAUGUCACAAACGCCUUUAUGCGAUCUACAGCUUUAUUACGGCGGCAAUAUUGAGAUGCGCUCCAGGGGUGGAUAAAGUGGUGUUUGAAAACCAUAGGGUGGUCAACGAUGAAUAGGCCGACAUAGCUGCCUAAGAGGUAGUCAAUGACCAUAUCAAGUAGUCGAUCCAAAAAGAACAAUGGUUCGUAG